AAGCGAUAAGGAGCAGCACCUCUUGGGAGGCUGAAGCUAGGCUAACUACCUGUGUGGUGUCGGUGAAAACACAUGCUAACGCGGCCUUUGGUAAACUGCUUCAGACAUGAUUCAUUUAUUAGGAGCUGGCGACCGGUAUUUUCAUUGGCUCUAAAUGAGCCCGCCGAGUUAGAGUGUUUGGAGCGACGUGAGAAACGAGAGAGGCUUGCCCCUCAGUACCACCAGCUUACGGGUAGUCUUGACAACAACUUCCUCUUUUCGCUAACUGAAGUUCCCCGUCCGCCUGCGGAUGAGGUAGUUUAGCGGGUUAGCUGUCUGAAAUCCACCUAGGCGGUGCGUGCAUGUCUACCACGGAGUGAACCACAAGGAAAUCCAGCUGUUCAUGUUUCGCCAAGAAGUCGGCGUCGCGUCUUUUAUUCCGUCUUGUUCGUAUCUUUUCCAACACGAGAAGAGGAAUAUGUCUCGGUAUAACAUAUACAGCCUGCUGGACUGGAUCUACGGCGGGGUGGACCCGAAGUUUGAGGGUAACGGGGGCCCCGAAUGCGCAGCCUUCCUCGCCCCACAGCAGCGCAUCAUUGAGAGCCUGGCCAUCAUCCUCGUCUUUCUGCUGGAGGUCGGUGUUGCGCUGAAGAAGAUAAACGUGUCUAAGGAGUUCAGGGUUGUCGGCAGAGACUGUGUAAGGGCGAAGGAGGACAGCCUGGGCAAGAACUUGUUGCUGGUCGCUCUUUGCAUGACCUUUGGAGUGGAAGUUGGGUUCAAGUUUGCGACUAAGACUGUGAUCUAUCUACUGAAUCCCUGCCAUGUGGUCACCAUGAUUCAGAUCUUCCUGCUGGCCUGCCCACCAUGUAAAACGGCAAUGGUUGUAUUUAGACUGCAUGUCCACAUGUUAAAUGGAGCGUUGCUGGCUUUAAUGUUCCCUGUAGUCAACACCAGGCUGCUACCCUUUGAGAAGGAGAUCUACUACAUCCAACACUCCAUGAUGUACCUGGUGCCUCUUUACUUCCUGAGGAAAGGAGGUGUAUACCGGCCCGAGCCUCUGGGGGACAUGUGGUGGGCGCUCCUCGCCACUGGCAUCCUCUUCCUGUACCACUUCAUCUUCCUACAGGUCCUAGGCCUGGCGACAGAAGUCAACCUGAACAACAUGCUGUGUCCAGCCGUGUCCGAUCCCUUUUACGGGCCCUGGUACCGGGUGUGGGCGACGGGCCACCAGACUCUGCUGACGCUCCUCCACGGGAAGCUCCUCACACUCCUCUCGCAGCACAGCUGCUCCGCCUGCAGAUAUCUGCUGGACACGCUCCGACUGCGCAGCAAGAAAGUUGACUAGAUGCCCACGCAGGCGCAGUCCUGGCCCCUCACUUUGACUGGCUGCUCUCAGCACGGAGGUUUCAUUUUAAAUCAACAUUUUAAUGUGUCUUUUACGACAUUAUCAACUUCUCCGUUGAUAAAAGGGAGCAUUGCAGUCAUACUUGCAUGUACAGUUGAGCAUUUCUAAGCUGGUUGCUAAGAAGCUGGAUGUGUUGUUUAUUGGAAUACAGUUUUCACCCAACAGCCUUUCUGUAAAUGUAAACGUCUUAAGGACUGAAAAUUGGAAGUGGGCAACUGAAAGACACCACCUGUCUGCAAGGCGUUGCUUUCAGCUGUCAGUGAGUUUAGUUAUGCUCUUAUUUUCAUUAGUAAAGCUGCUGUUUUUAUUUGUCUCAAGUGCGCUUUGAAGCAGAUUGCAAAUGUGAGCUGUUGUGAAAGCUACUGCCUGUUUAUAGCGCGAGGAUGGGGAUGUUCUCUUAAUGUUUUUAUGAACAGUGGGGGGGGGGGGGGCUCAUGGGUUCAGGAUAGGAAAUAAUUUUUUUUAAUGGUUUUUAUCUUUCAGUCUGCAGUCUGUUUUGUGCAUUCCAGUUAUGAUAAUCAAGAGGACUGAUGACUUAUAUGCUGGUAGUUAAAGCGGUGAAUAAUGACUGACUGGGUGUAACAUGGGUUGGUAUUUUGUUUUUGUCCGUGUUGUUUAUGUUGUUUGUUCGUAUUCAUCAAGGUUUCACCUUGAGAACAUUGUUAGGAAAAACAUUUUUGUCAAAAUGGGGCAGAUGCUGACAAAAUGAGUGUCUUUGCAGCUAAAGCUUUCUGAAAGCAUUCAUACCCCUUGAACCUUUUCUCUUUUUGUCAUGUUACAACCUGCUAACUUCAAUGCGUUUUAUUGGGAUUUUAAGCAAUAGACAAACACAAAGCAGUGCAUAAUUGUGAAAGAAAUUAUUCA